AUGAAGCUACGCAUCCCUAAGCCGAGUAUACGAGUCUCGCAGGGUGAAUCUGCCUUUGCAGCAGGUAAUGCUCGGUGGACAAAUCGUGAUCUCGACCCGAUUGCCAAACAUGCCCGCAAAUGGGGUAUAUUCAGUAUAAUAGCGUAUUGGAUCUCCGAUGCCUUGAAUCCAGCUACUUGGCAAUUCGCCAGUGGUAUGAUUGCCGUCGGCCUCACCUACCGUGAAUCUCUCGGCAUUGUCGCCUUAUCUUUCUUCAUCAUAUCAUUGGUCAUCGCAGCAAACGGUAGUGUGGGUGCCAUAUACCAUGUUCCAUUCCCUGUGAUUGCCCGCGCUAGCUGGGGCUUCUGGGGCUCCUAUGUUGCCAUCGUUUCACGGGUCAUCCUCGCUGUCUUCUGGUUUGCUAUCCAGAAUGUCAACGGUGGAAAUGCUGUCCGUGUUAUGCUUGGAGCAAUCUGGCCAAGCUUUUUGAAUCUUCCAAAUGGUAUCCCCGAAUCACAGGGUAUUACGACCAACGGUAUGGUCGGAUUUUUCCUCUUCUGGUUGAUCCAGGUUCCGUUCCUCUGUAUGCACCCAAACAAAUUACGUUGGUUGUUCACAGUCAAGUCGGCUCUGGUUCCUAUUACCUGGAUCGCUAUCUUGAUAUGGGCGUUUGUCACCGUGAAAGGUGGUGGCAGUGUGUUUGAACAACAGGCCCCAACGGUAUCCGGUUCCAAGUACAGCUGGCUAUUCCUGGCCAAUAUGACAUCUGUCCUGGGCAAUUACGCGACUUUAUCGGUCAACCAAUCAGACUUCUCUCGCUAUUCUCGCGUCAGUGCUAAAUGGCAGCUCCUUUAUAUCCCUAUGCUACCCGUUGUAUUCACGUUUUUUGCCUUCAUUGGCAUUGCCGCUUCAUCCGCCGGCCAGGCUCACUACAACCUCGAGUCUAUUCCAUGGGACCCAAUGGUAUUGGUCAGCUGCUGGGGGAACCGUGCAUGUCGCUUUUUCGCCGCUGCAUCUUUCGCCCUAGCCUCGCUGGGCGUGAACAUCUCUGCCAACUCCCUUUCAGCCGCCAACGAUUUCACCGCCCUGGCGCCACGAUACCUUAACAUCCGACGCGGCCAGCUUCUCUGCGCCGUGCUGUCGUGGUGUCUUGUUCCGUGGAAAAUCCUCGCAUCAGCAGGAAACUUCCUCACAUUCAUGUCUGCAUACGCCAUCUUCCUUGGCCCUAUUGCUUCAAUCAUGAUGUUUGACUACUGGGUCGUCAACCGUCGUCGAUAUGAUACACUUGCUCUAUACCAGCCCACUAACCCGACAUAUCGUUAUACAUUUGAGAUUCCGGGCCUUAAGGGAAAGACCAUGUCUGGCACGAACUGGCGCGCUAUCGUGGCUUUCCUUGCGGGUGUUGCGCCGUGUCUUCCCGGAUUUAUCAAUGCUGUGAACAAUAAUAUCGAUGUUGGUGCCGGUGUACAUCCAUUUGAGUUUGGGUGGUUGUUGGCCUUUGUUACGACUUCUAUUUUCUAUCUCGGUUUAUCAUGGCUGUUUCCUGCGACGGAGACUCAGAUUGACCGCGCUAUUCUACCUGAUGAGAUAUAUGAUAGGGGUACAGUUGUCGAAGGAGUGGAAUCAUAUGACCCCGAUGGGAAGGAUGUGGUUACUGAUACACAGGAGAAAGAUGAUGUGGAAAAGGCUCUCUAG